AUGUCAUCUAAUUCGGUAUCUAAAUCUUGCGUGUUUAAAUGUUGCCGAUCGACCUGGAAAAUAUUUCGACCUUUAGUGACAUCGACGAUUUACCCGUGGAGACACUCGAAAGGUUCAACGGUCUCUCGACUUGGACUUUGGGAGUUUUAUCAAGAGUUGAAUGUUAUUCGAGAAGAGGGAAUUGUGAUCAUUGGACAUUCGGUUAAAUAUUCCAUGUACCAUGUGCUUGUCCGUCGAUCAAAGUCCAACCUUAAUGUUCCAGCCCGAAAAUUACGAGCCGUUUACACGGUUUUCCGUGAUUCGGACGAGACGAUUGUCAAUCAAAUCUGGGAUCAAGUGGCCUCAAUUAUCAACGCACUUUUACCGUUUCUCAAACCUUACCUUUACCUGACUGAGAUUCGGAUGUUGACUGACAUUAUGAAAAUAGUCACUUGUGAUAAUCCGAACUACACUUCAGCCCAUGUUGCCGCUAAGCUCCAACUAAUGCCAGUUUUUAAUGCUAAAAAUAAACUUGUAAUCGAUCAUCUUAACGAUCGUGUUGAGCCCAUCGGACAAACGCCUUUAAUGAUUGCGAUUCAAUCUCAGAACUUUGUGCUUGUUAAACUGCUCGUUGAUCUUGGGGCCAGUUUAUUGCUGACCGAUUUUCGUUCAGAUUCAAUUCUUCAUUAUGCCGCUUUAUCGAAUAAUAUUAUAUUUAAGUACUUAUUGGAUCGGGUGAAAUCGAAACACAAUUUGCUUAGUAUGUUAAGACGUCGUAAUAAUAAAGGUUAUUUGCCGCUUCAUUGGUGUUGUUACUCAGGUCACGUUGAGAAUAUGUGUGAUCUGCUUAGACUGUCACUUCCGUCAUCCCUGUUACUCCUUGAACCACAAGUUAAGAGUAAAUCCAACAAUAAGGUCAAAAAAUGUAACUCACUAAGUGACGACUUAACUGGAAUUAUUAAUUACAAGGAAUCGGAAGUUACUAACACUUCUCAUGGGACUGGUGCUCAGCAAGGUCACUAUUCGCGUACUUUAAGUUCCUCUGGUUCUGAGCGUAAUGUUAUGGUCUGUAUGACAAUCGCGAACGAUGAAAAGAUAGUAUUCACUUCUGAGAUGAUCGCCGAUCUUGACCCUUCAGAGAUGAUGCUUGGCGGGUCACCGAUCCAUUGGGCCAAAACUCGGCGUUUAUUGGAAAACCUUCUCGAAAAUACCAACAUCCCGCUUGAUGCGGUCAACUUUAAACAAGAAACUCCACUUCAUGUGAUGACUCGAAGACGUCGGUUAAAAUGUGCGGUCAUUUUAUUAUCAAGAGGUGUCGAUGUACUCGCUCAAGAUGCUAAAGGUAACACUCCGAUGCAUCGAGCGGUACAAAAAGAGGAUAUUUCUAUGGUCCAAGCUUUGAUCGCUUUCGAUUCAGAUAUAAAUGGCCUUAACAAUCGCCGUCAAACCCCUCGACACAUCGCGGCAACCAAAGGUUCAGCUGUGUCAAGUAUUAUAGUUAAUGUUUUACACCGAGUGGGAGCCAAAAGAUGCCCUCCGGGUAGGAAAAAGUGUAAAGAUGAUUGUGCACACGAAGCGAAAGGUAUUGGUACAUCGUUUCCAAAAUGGGUUAAUUAUGAAAACGAAUCACCGUACGAAGAUUUUAUGAACGUUCGAGGAGCUGAAAUCGAAAGGAAAUUAAGUAAAUGUAAUAAUCCCGCUCGAAUGAUUUGCCUUGACGGCGGUGGAACUCGAGGUUUAUUUACUUGUUGCGCUCUAAUUGAGAUUGAACGUCGAUUGAAAAAGCCACUUCGAGAAUACUUUGAAUGGUGGGUUGGUACAUCUUCGGGUGCGUUGAUUGCUUCGCUAAUUGUACUCGGAACACCUUUACAUCAGAUCAGAUCAAUGUACUAUCAGACGAAGGACAAAAUUUUCACGGGUCCGAGGCCAUACAACUCGGAGCUUCUCGAAAAGUUGAUGAAGGAGCGGAUGGGACCUUCAACGAAAAUGGAUGACAUCAAAGACGGGAAAAGAUUAUUGAUCACGGCAGUUACGACUCAUCAUAAUCCGGCUGAACUUUACAUGUUCCGUAACAUCCCGUCGACGACUGAGCUAUUGAAUCCUGGCGAAGAGCCCGUUAGUCCUCCAAAAUCAUCGCCUUCGUCCUCUAAAUCAAAUGCCAGUUUACCCAAUUUAGCCUGUAAUUAUAAAGAUCAUUUGAUCUGGCAUGCGUGUCGAGCCUCUGGUGCUGCACCGAGUUAUUUCAGCGCUUUUGGACCUUUUAUCGACGGUGGAGUCUUAUCCAAUAACCCGACCCUUGACGGGAUGUGUGAAUUUUUCCAAUACAAUAGAGCUCUUGAAACGGUCAACAAGAAAACGGAAAUUCAACAAUUAACUCUUGUUCUGUCCAUGGGAACAGGUAAAGCACCGAUUUUACCAGCGCAUCUUGUUGACAUUGGACCAAUUAUGGCCUCGUCGAUAUUUACUCUACCAGAAGCGCUCAAAACCGCUCUUUCUCUUCAAGAAUUGGUACACAUGAUGAUUACGACGACCCUUCAAACCGAUGGUCAUGUCAACAAAAGAGCUCAAGCUUGGUGCAGUUCGUUGUCCAUUCCCUAUUACCGCUUAACUCCACCGAUGUCCGAGGAAUUGCUGCUCAAUGUCACCGAUGAUAUCGAAAUCGUAAACGGGAUGUGGGAAACCAAGGCCUACAUGUACGCUCUGAGUCCAUUUCUCGAUUCGCUGGUUCGAACUCUGGAAAGUCCCGUAAACAGAUAACUAAAGUAUGGGGAGAAAAAAAACUUUUUCGAGAUUAAUUGAAUUCUUGAAUAAUCGAUGAAUCGAUUUUUUUUUGUUUUCUUGAAUUUGUCAUUUUAAUGAUUAUCAUUUGAUACUAGAGGUAAAUACAAUAAUGAAUAAAAUAAAACAUCAACAUUAUUUUUUUUUCGUUUGUUAAAUGAGACCAGAGAAAGCAAAUUAAUGGGUAUACA